AUGAAUGGAAGCAUUAACUGUAUAUGGAUUAAGAUCCGACUAGACCUAAGAGGCCUAGAGAUGUGGAUACCUCAACUUGGAGGCAUUAGCCAAGAUAGCAUUCACCGGAUGGCAAAAGAUGGAAGCUUUGGAUCAUUUGAUCAUGUUCCUGUGCCUACUUGUGAAUCUUGUCUAUAUGGCAAAAUGAUAAAUUCUCCUUUCACUGGUAAAGGAGAAAGAGUUACAGAACUAUUGGGAUUGAUCCACUUAGAUAGUGCCUUCCAAAAUCCGUUCCACAAACUCCAUUCGAAAUGUGUUUUGGAAAGAAACCAAGUCUUUGAUUAUAUCAAGAUUUGGGGUUGUCCAGCGUAUGUCAAAUUACUAUAUGCGGAUAAACAAGAUGCAAGGAAAUGGGAAUAUGAGAUAGAACUCAAGGAAUUGUCCAAUGAGCUAGAAAACAACACUGAACUAAAUGCAAUCCUAGAUCCACAACUGGUUGUAACACAGACUCCAUGUAGUUCUAGUAGGGAUAUCAAAGACCCUUUGAACUACAAUGAGGCAAUGUCAUACAUUCACUCACAAAAAUGGCUUGGAGCCAUGAAAUCCGAAAUGGAUUCUAUGUAUACCAACCAAAGGAAGAUAGGCUCAGAUGGGAAAGUAGAAACCUACAAGGCAAGGCUAGUAGCAAAGGGCUACAAGCAGAGAGAAGGGAUUGACUAUGAAGAAACCUUCUAUUCUGUCACCAUGACAAAGUCUAUUUGGAUUUUUCUUGCAAUAGCUGCAUACCAUUAUUAUGAGAUUUAUCAAAAUGGAUGUGAAGACAGCUUUUCUAAAUGGCCACCUUCAGGAAGAACUAUACACGAAAGGCUUCAUUUCUAA